AUGAUACUAGUGCAACUGCCACUGAACCUGUCCAGGAACCUCAAAGUGAGCCUGUCCAAGGGACUGAGAAUACUCUUGUUAGACAAGCAAGGUGCUAUUGACUCAAGUACUAAGUGUUGGGUGGCUCAAGGACAGGCAUAUGAUCAGCAGAAGGAGAUAACCAGAUGGUGCAUUGAAGCUGAGAAACAUAAGACAGAUGUGGAGAGCAUACUGUUGGAUCUAAGGAGACCGAUGUGGUCUCUUAGGGAGCAUCUGUUUUGUGUCUCCCGCAGCAGGUUUCAUGUGGCUGGCGUAAUCCAGCGCCGCCUUAUUCCCCUUCUCGAUCUCGCCGUUCUUCGCCUCCUUGGCAGCCCUCACGCAGCGCCCGAUCUCCAUCUUUGCCAGCUCCGAAUCGUAACUCGCCAGCUGGGCCUCCACCGCCGCCUCCUCCACAAGCGUCUGGAACUGCUUGAUGUAGCCAUCAUACGCAUCCGUGCACUCCCCUACCGCCGCCUUCAGAUCCGACUUCCGGCCGGCCGAGAGCUUCUUCAGGAUAGCAAUGUUCUUACGCCCGAAUUUAAUGGCGGCAUCUGCUGA